AUGGGCGACACGAUGACGAGUCUCCAGUCCUUUCUUGUGUCUGAUAACCAGUUUCAUGGCGUGAUCCCGCCGUCCUUGUGCAAUGCUUCCAUGCUACAGAUGGUUCAGACAGUAAACAACUUCCUGUCGGGAACGAUCCCUCGGUGCCUGGGGGCUCGCCAGGAGAUGCUCUCUGUGGUGAACUUUGCGGGGAAUCAGCUUGAAGCAACCAACGAUGCUGAAUGGGGCUUCCUUACUAGUCUGACCAACUGCAGCAAUAUGAUAUUAGUGGAUGUUAGUGAAAACAAGCUCCAAGGUGUGCUACCGAAAUCAAUCGGCAAUUUGUCGACACAGAUGGAGUUUCUUGGCAUUGCAUCCAACAGCAUAGCAGGGACGAUAACUGAAGCAAUAGGGAACUUCAUCAACUUGGAUGAACUUGACAUGGAAAAUAAUCUUCUCCAGGGCACCAUCCCAGCAUCUCUCGGCAAGCUUAAGAAGUUGAAUCGGUUAUCUCUGUCAAAUAACAACUUGUCAGGAUCUAUCCCAGUGGCUCUUGGAAAUCUUACAAAGCUUACAACCCUUCUGCUUAAUACUAAUGCGCUCAGUGGAGCCAUCCCUUCUGCUCUCAGCAACUGUCCUUUAGAGGAGCUGGAUCUUUCUUACAACAAUCUUUCCGGCCCAACACCUAAGGAACUCUUCCUCAUCUCAAGCUUGUCGAGUUCCAUGUAUCUUGCACAUAAUUCACUGACUGGGACUUUGCCUUCAGAAGUGGGAAAUCUCAGGAAUCUAGGUGAACUUGAUCUCUCUGACAAUAUGAUUUCAGGAAAGAUUCCUACCAAUAUUGGGGAGUGUCGAAGCUUACAGUACCUCAAUUUAUCUGGGAACCAUCUCGACGCGACGAUUCCGCUGUCACUAGGACAGUUACGGGGCCUCGUAGUGCUUGAUCUUUCUCGGAAUAAUUUAUCUGGGAGCAUUCCUGAGUUCCUCGGCACCAUGAAAGGCCUUGCUAGUUUAAAUCUCUCUUCCAAUGAUUUUGAAGGUGAAGUUCCGAAAGACGGAAUAUUCCUCAAUGCAGCUGCAACCUCGGUCAUGGGAAACAGUGCUCUGUGUGGUGGGAUCCCUCAACUCAAGUUGAAAAUGUGCUCCAGUCCCACUAAAAGGAGAAUAUCUUCAAAGCUUCUCAUGAUUAUCGCAGCAGGCGCCGGAAUUCUGUUGGUCAUACUAUCCGCAAUGUUCGUGUUAUGUAAAAGAAGCAAGCUUAUAAGAGCAAAGCCACAGAUAACUCUCCUCAAUGACAAAUACAUAAGAGUUUCUUAUGCUGAAUUGGUCAAGGCAACAGAUGGUUUCACAUCCGAAAACCUCAUUGGGGUGGGCAGCUUUGGUGCAGUGUACAAGGGAAGAAUGGAAAUCUCUGGCCAACAAGUGAUGGUGGCAGUGAAGGUACUCAACCUGCAACAUGCUGGCGCAUCCCGAAGUUUCGAUGCGGAAUGUGAGGCUUGGAGAUGUAUCCGCCAUCGGAACCUUGUGAAGGUUAUAACAGUGUGCUCAAGUAUUGACACUCGAGGUGGCGACUUCAAGGCUCUUGUGUUUGAGUUUCUGCCAAAUGGAAAUCUAGACCAGUGGCUACACAAGCAUCUCGAGGAAGAUAACGAACCCAAGAUGCUAGAUCUCAUUCAGAGACUCCAGAUUGCCAUGCACGUGGCUUCUGCGCUUGACUAUUUGCAUCAUCAGAAGCCGUUUCCAAUUGUUCACUGUGACCUCAAGCCAAGCAAUAUUCUCCUCGACAACAACAUGGUUGCCCAUGUCGGUGAUUUUGGGCUUGCAAGGUUCCUACAUGACGAACAUAAUGACAAGUCAGAGACACCAACUAGUAGUCGAACCGCAAUAAGAGGAACAAUUGGUUAUGUGGCUCCAGAAUAUGGACUUGGCAAUGAAGCUUCAAUCCAUGGUGAUGUGUACAGCUACGGUAUACUGCUGCUCGAGAUGUUCACCGGUAAAAGACCCACAAGUUCUGAAUUCGGAGAAGUGCUUAGCCUUCAUAAGCACGUACAAAUGGCACUGCCAGACCAAGCGGCUACUGUCAUCGACCAAGACCUAUUAAAAGCAGAAAGUAAUGGCAAAGGGACAGAAGGGGGGUAUCAGAGCAGUGAAGACAUGAGAAUUAGUUGCAUCGUCUCGAUUCUGCAGGUUGGAAUUUCAUGCUCCAAGGAGACGCCAACUGAACGCAUUCAAAUUGGAGAUGCAUUGAGAGAGUUGCAGAUAAUCAGAGAUAAGUUUUACGCGCAUUAGUGAUCUCCUUGGUGAAUUGGCAAAAUAUAGCCAAGGCAUACUGAAGCAUGCUUGUGAGGAUCAUGCAUGUUUUCUGCUUUAAGCAAUGGUUUUAGAAUCUGAUUCGAUAGAAAAUGAGAAAAUAUGUUUCCUUUUA